AUGUAUAGAGGUGAGCGACGUAUUGUUGAUGUAUAUUCGGCACCUGGGGGGUUGAAUUUAAGUGAACGGAAUACUCUUAUGGCCUCUCGUAUUAAACUUCCAGAGGAUUACAUUCACAAUCCUGAGGAAGAAUCAUGUGGUCCGUGUAACCGAGAUUUCACCGCAUUACAAAGUGUAAUCGUUUUACCGUGUAAUCAUAAAAUUCAUAAAAUUUGUUUUUGGGAUUUGUCACGUAAUUAUCGUUUUUGUACAAUAUGUCGAAAGGAUAUGGCUCCCCAGGUUGAAAAUAACGAGUAGUCCAACAUUUUAAAUAUUUUUUGUGUUUGUAUUGGACUCUCAGAAUUUUCAAUCUAAGGGGCAUGUUUAGGUUAAUUUAAAAGUAUACAAUUUUUUCAAAAAAAUAAAUUAUUUCUAUAAUUUAAAAAUUAUGUUUUUAUACUUUCUUAAAUAGUAAAAUGUUGAACUAAUCCUUACAAAUAAUCUACUAAAAUUGUAGUAAAACAAUAGGGACGGAGAUAUUGGGCGUUUUUUGACAAAUACACAUUUUUCACGGUUACGUUGGUUCUUA